CGAAAGCAACAUGCCGGCUCCAGCACCCGCAGAAAAUGGCGUCCCCAGGUCGGAACUGCAAGAACUGCAGUUCAAAUCCCAACAGGUUACAGAUGAGUCUCUGGAAAGCACGCGACGAAUGCUGGCCUUAUGUGAAGAGGUAUGUAUACAUCUUUCAAUCUAUGACUAUAACAAAACUUUGAUGUUUCAUUUGAUAUACUAACUCUCUUUA